AUGGGCUCGGAGUGGCAGCAGCUUCGAGAGAUCAACCCUGUUUUCUGCGAGCGUGUUUCGAAGGUCUUCUUGCAUAUUGGAAACUUUUGCUUGGCUGCAGCUACGCUUGAGGAUGUACAGGCAAUCGUGGAUGAUUCGAUGAGUGAUGUUCUUAAGAUUGAGGAUCGUGUGGCGCUUACAGAGUCAGUGCAUAAGUGGUGCGCGCUUCAUCAAGGGACAGUGGAAAGGACUGUUCGCGAGAUCGGGCAGAAUGUCCGACGUGGGCCUUAUAUCCGUCGUGGGCCCAGUGUGACGGCUGCCGAUUUGUAUGAGGGGCUUUUGGCUUCUGACCCUGUGCUGGGUUUGGCUGCUCUUGAGAAGAAGUUAAAGCUUCGCAAAGCUGGAACAGGGGCGCGUGUGGAAGCAGAGGACUUGUGCAGGCGAAAGUUUCCGGCAAUUGCAGUUGACCCCGGAAGCCAUCAGCAAGCGGUGGCCGAGCCACCGAAGGACCAGCCGGCGCCUUCUCCGGAGGAUGCAGAUGAGCGUUGCUUGGAGACCAUUCCUUUGUACAGCAUCACUCAGGUUGCACCUCCACCGCGGCCAGAUCCUUUCUGGCCACAGCGACGGUUCCGACAGUGGGACAAUGAUUGGUCCGAGAGCCCGGCCAAGUGGCAGCGAACAGGCAAAGGACGUGGCCAUGGAAAGGGCAAGAACGGCAAGGGGGGCAAGGCCAACCGCGAUGAAUCCAAGGGCGAUGGCAAGGGCCUCGGCGGUGGCAAGGGCAAGAGUGAUCAUGCGCUCUGGACACACACGGUGCAUGCAGUCCCAUCCGAUGUGGCAGCAUUUCCAGAGCUUGGCAGCAAAGGCGGCAGCACCGACCGGGGCACGGGAUGGAGAUAUCCGAUCACACUUACAGCAGCUCUGCACGUCGCGGGGACCUAUCGUCGCACAGGCUUUGGGAGCGUCUUUUCAAGGACAUUUCAUCUGGCCAUCCGUUUACAGAGGCAGCAGGGCUUGUACUUCAUUCUGGAGCACCCUGAGGAUCUGGGCCGUGUGCCGUCUGGUGAGAGGCCUGCUUCCAUUUGGUCUUUUGAUGAGGUUCGUCAGAUUUGCGCUGGAGGCGAUGUCAGUUGCUGGGCAUUGCAUCAAUGCCUUUUCGGGGCUAUGUCUUGCAAACCCACUCGCUUGUUAUCCAAUCUGCCCGGAGCAUUGAACUUUGGGAUACAGAUGCCAUGUUUCAAUGAUGACGGGGACUACGUGGGGCCGCUCUUGCGCUGUCCGCAUUCACAUGCAGAUCGAGCCUGCGGUUUUCAGGAUGGCACUUGGAAAUCGGCCGCCACGGCGGCUUACCCUUCGGAGUUCGCUGCUUUCUUCGCCCGUCUCUCUUUGAGUGUGAUGCCUGAGCUGAGGGCCGUGGCUGACUCCGACCUGAUCCCAGCCAACAUCCCUUCAUCCGCCGAGGCCUUUGCCACGGAGUGCAUCGCACGCGGUUCUUUCGAUCGUGCUUCAGUUCAGAUUCUUUUCGACUUGCUUCCUAAGACUCGGCCUCAUAAGAUCACGGGCAGUGCAGAACCUGGCACCGCUUUCUUUGGAGGCACUGUGCACCAGGAGGGUCUCACCGCACCGCGGUCCACUUGUUUUACAUUCCCCGAGUCCAUGCGUGUGAUCAAUGCUUUUCUUCACUCCGUGGACCCGCACCACCGUUACGCUGCUUUUGUUCUCACAAAGAACGUGACUAGUGAGGUUCAUCGUGAUCCGCGAAAUGCAGCUGUGCCCAACAUGAUUGUGGCAAUUUCCUCCUUUACUGAUGGUGGCAUUUGGAUACAGGAUGACUCAGGUACCCAGGUGCGAUCCUUUCACGGCUCGCCCGUCACAGGCACUGUACACUCCUUACAAGAUGGACCCGUCUACCUGGAUGCCCGUGGAUGUUUGCAUGCUACCCAACCUUGGGUUGGGGAUCGUCUCAUCGCCAUUGCAUACACCCCUCAGUACAUGCACCUGCUCUCUGUUGAUGAUUCGGCUUUUCUGGCUUCAUUGGGCUUUCCUGUCUUGGAUUCCUCUCCUGCGGGGGGGGAGGCACCAGCGGAAUCCUUCGUUUCCUCAGACAACUUCACCUUGGCUGCAGCAGUGCCGGCGAUAGACAACUCAGGCACUGGAGAUGCUCAGGAGGUCGUGGUGAUCGAUCAUGAGGAGUCGGCCAGGGAAGCUUUUGACCCCAAGACUAGUCGCGCUUUCGGGCAGCCCAUGAUCUGCAAGUUUGAAAUGGGCAAGCAAGAGUUUGUGGACGGCUUCGGGUUGUGUUCGCCUGGCCGUUGGGCUCCCGAGGCGAGAGAGAAGUUGGCGUCGAGUGAUGAGGUGGCACAUGCAGAGGGAAUUCGCGGAUUGCUACGAGACUUUGUGAUUGAUCAGCUGAAAGACCCCAAGGACAUGGCGUUCCGUCUCGCGACGGGCCAUGUGAAGAAUUCUCCUUUCGCGGAGUCUGCCUUGCAGAAGUUGAGGCAGAGGAUCGUCGGGUUGAUCCCAGGGGCGCCUUCAGACCUGUUGCGUGUUCCCGAGCGGCCUAGAGAUGAGAACACUUUGUCGGAUGCCAUCACCAACCACGACUUCUCGAGUUUCUGCCCGGAGCUGAGAGAGUGCUUUCUUGGAUUCGCGUGUCAGCUUGCAGCGAUUGGUUUCGAGGGAGUCGGCAAUGUCUCGCCGGGAGAAGGAGACGAGCAAAACACCUUGGUGAUCCUUCACAUGUCGGACUGGCUGCCUUCCUUCGGGGGGGGUCUCGAGGCAACUGCGACCGUCAUGUGA